AAAAUGGCGACCGAAAUUGGCAGCAUUCCUUUUACCGAAAAUGGUUUUACGUUAGACGAAGAGAUGGCGAUGGCUAUGGCUGAGCCAGAAUUAAAGAUGAUGAAGCUGUCAGCUCUAGUAGCGAGUGAAAAAACAUGCACCACCGACCAAAAAUCAUUGAAGGCUUGUUUGCCAUAACAUCAGUGGAGAACUAUCGAUUUUAAUGGCACUAUUGGAGGUCCACAAGCUGAUCAACUAGGGACUCUGUUGGAAGGUCCAGGGGCCAAGAGAGAUGUUAAACCUUUUGUUUUACCUAAGCUUUCUUCGUCUCACCAAGAGUCUAUACAAAGGGCCAAAAAGUAUGCCAUGGAACAAAGUAUUAAAAGUGUACUAGUGAAACAAACUAUAGCUCAUCAACAUCAGCAAAUGCAGAAUUUUCAGAACACUGUACAGAGACAACAAGCACUGGCGUUAAUGUGCAGAAUUUAUGUAGGAAGUAUUAACUUUGAAAUUAAAGAAGACACCAUAAAGCAGGCAUUCUUACCAUUUGGUCCCAUCAAGUCUGUUAAUUUGUCAUGGGAUCCGUUAACAAACAAACACAAAGGUUUUGCCUUUAUAGAAUACGACAUACCAGAAGCAGCACAGUUAUCUCUAGAACAGAUGAACGGUGUGAUGAUAGGAGGAAGAAAUAUUAAGGUUGGUAGACCAAGUAAUAUGCCUCAAGCACAACCCAUUAUUGAACAGCUAGCAGAAGAAGCCAAAAAUUAUAACAGAAUUUACAUAGCUUCAAUACAUCAAGACUUAACGGAAGAUGAUAUCAAAAGUGUGUUUGAAGCAUUCGGAAACAUUUUAACUUGUGAAAUAUGUAAAGAGCCAACCAAGCCAGGAAAACACAAAGAAUAUGGUUUUAUUGAAUAUGAUUCCUCCCAGGCAGCACAAGAUGCAGUAGCUUCAAUGAAUUUGUUUGAUCUUGGUGGACAGUACUUAAGAGUUGGCAAGGCCAUAACACCACCUGAUGCCUUACAACCUACAGCAGGACCCAGCACAUUACCAACGGCGGCGGCAGUGGCUGCUGCUGCUGUUACAGCUAAAAUCACUGCUAUGGAUGUCCAACAACAGAUAUCAGGAUUUGCACCACCAGGAAUAGCUGAACCAUCAGGACUUGGUUUGAGUGAUUCUCCAACACAUGUACCACCAGUGGGAGUUGUUACUCCUGCCUUGGGAGCAAUGGUACCACCACCAAUAGUAUCACAAGGAAUGUCAUUAGGUGGACCUGUAGUAUCAGUAGCAGCACUCUCUACAAUGCCAUCACACAUACCACUCCCACCAAUGGUCACACAAGAUAAUAAAAAGAAAGCAGAAGAAAAAGAGAAAGAGGAUAAAAAGAAAGCAGCUGAUGAUGACCAGUCACAAACAUUAGAACAACAAGAAAGCAUGAAAAUUAGUGGAACAAAUGCCAGACAUAUGGUCAUGCAGAAACUAAUGAGAAAAUCUGAUUAUCACGUGAUGGUAUUAAGGAAUAUGGUUGGUCCAGAAGAUUUGGAUGAUGAACUUGAGAGUGAGGUUACGGAAGAAUGUGGGAAGUUUGGUAACGUCAAUCGUGUUAUAAUUUACCAGGAAAAGCAAGGAGAGGAAGAAGAUGCUGAAGUUAUUGUUAAAAUAUUUGUGGAGUUUACAAAACAAAUUGAAGUAGAAAGAGGAUGUUCAUCUUUAAAUGGUCGAUAUUUUGGCGGAAGAAUAGUUACAGCUGAGAAAUAUGAUCAGGAUUUAUUUGAAGCCAAAGAUUUAUCAGGCUGAUCAUGAACAGACAGUUUUAAACUACUUUGCAAUAAUAGUUACAAUAUGUUAUAUGUGAUGAAUGGUGAAAUUUAUACAACUGUAAUUCACUUGAGUGAAUGUUUAAGGUUAUGAAGAGUUGGUAUUAUCGAAGGGAACUAUGAUAUGGAAUCAGCUGUAUCACUACAAGGCCACCACACUAUAAGUAGUGAAAUAGACAUUGCCAACAAAACAAGGAUAAAGUAUUCAUAUUGGAUAUAACACAGGUGUCAACAUUCUAAAUAUCCAAGGAAGACUCAAACAGAGAAGUCAGAUCUCCUAUUUUCGGAGCCAAAUUGCCAUUUCUUCACCAUAAUUUCAUGUUUGCCUUUUAAAGAUUGACAGUUAAAAUCAAAGCAGUAUUUGUUAAUACAAUACACAGUAUUCAACUUUAUAAGUCAUAUUUUUUUAGCUCAUUCAUUCAUUCAUUCAUUAAACAAAUAAGGGAAAAUUAUAUUAAAAAAACAGAUUGAAAUAGGUUGGAUGAAAAAUACCAUAAGAGGAAGAUCUCUAUCUUGAAGGUUUGAAAUGUUGACACCUUUGAUAUUUUAACAAAUUAAAUAAGAUUGAUUUUUCAGCUUAAUUUAUUUACAUUUUAAUUAUCACAUGUAUAUAUUUCCAUCCCAAAGCAUUUUUGAUGACUUUAUGAUAAUUUUAGUUUGUCAAGACCGUUUUUUUUUCAAAAAUAGCAAAAAUGUUUCUUAUUUCUUCUUUGUUUACAUCUACUGUUAUAUAUGUGAAUGUGACUUAUUCUCUGACAUCAUAAACAGAGCCGUUUCAUAAUUUAUGUAAAUGAUUUUGCAUUGUUUUCUAUAUUUCUUUUUUAAACAAGAAUACAACAGUCAUGCUUGGAUUUAACAACUUGGAGGACAUUCAUUAAGUUUCUUAAAGUUGUAUGUUCUACUUAAAUCAUGUAAAGAUAUGGUUCUUUAAAUUAAUAAUUUCACCUGUUUGAAUAGAAAAAAAAUCCUUUCUUUAUUCACCAAAAGUUGUAUUGAAAGUUUUCAACAUAUUAGUAUGAGAGUGCUUAUUUUAACCCUAGAAAUCCAAUUUAAUAGAAAUAAUUGCAAGAAUUACCAUUUAAAAAUAAAAAAAAAAAAAAUAUUUUAAUAAUAAUAAAUGUACAUUUUCUAAAUCAGCAUUGGACCAUUUUCAUUAUUCAGAUUUGCCAGAUUAAGGUAUUCUCCACAUCUGUCAAUUUUAUUUCACUUCAUUAGCAUAUAUAGAUUUUAUCAAUCAUAUAAGAGAAUCAAUAGGUUGCUUUGUCCAUGUCAGAUUGUGUUAUUUCUUUCUGUUCAUUGUUAUGAAAGAAAUUGUGAAAUAAACUUGAUGUAAUAAA